ACACUGGAAAUCGCGUUUAAUUGUUUAUUAUUCGGCGGUUGGUUUUUAAUUGUUUUUCGACCAUGGCGCUCCUAAGAAAUGCCUCCAACGGCUUUUGGGGCAGCUUCCGUCGGUUCGCCAGCAGUGGAUGCACCAUCUACAGCCUGAGUUCCGGUCAUGUCAAGUGCGGCGUCUCCGUAAUCCGCGUCUCUGGGCCGCAAACAAAGAAGGCACUUCGAGCCAUUGUCGCCAAUAAAGAAUAUGAACCAAAGGCUCGCCAGGCGUAUCUGAAGUCCUUCUACCAUCCUGCCAGCAAGGAGAUGAUUGAUCGGGGUCUAUUACUUUGGUUCCCAGGACCGGCUUCCUUUACAGGCGAGGAUUCCUGCGAGUUCCAGGUUCACGGAUCCCUGGCGGUGAUUGCGGCCAUGCUGGAUGCUCUGGGAAAGGUGGAUGGUCUGAGGCCAGCGGAACCGGGAGAGUUCACCAAGAGAGCCUUCUUCGGAGGCAAACUGGAUUUGACGGAGGUGGAGGGAUUGGCCGAUCUCAUCCAUUCCGAAACGGAGGCACAGAGGAAGCAGGCUCUCUUGCAAAGCACUGGAGCUCUGGCCCGCCUCUACGACAACUGGCGGCGCCGACUUAUCCGGUGUGCCGCCCACCUGGAGGCCUAUAUAGACUUCGCCGAGGAGGAGCAGAUCGAGGGCGGCAUUAUCCUGCAACUCACCAAAGAACUGAAGGCGGUGAAGCGGGAGAUUCGCGAGCAUUUGAGUGACCAGCGGCAGGGAGAGCUCCUCCGGGAUGGAGUUCGCACAGUGAUCAUAGGAGCACCCAAUGUGGGCAAGAGCAGUCUGCUCAAUCUCCUGUGCCAGCGAUCCGUGUCCAUAGUGACGGAUCAGGCGGGCACCACGCGGGAUAUUAUCGAAACAAUGCACAAUUUCGGGGGAUACCCGGUGGUAUUUUCGGAUACAGCCGGAUUACGUAGAUAUACCACGGAUAGUAUAGAACAGGAGGGAAUGCAGCGGGCUAAGGACUGCCUGGCGCAAUCCGAUUUGAUAUUGCUCCUGGCAGAUGCCAAGGAUAUCACACAACUGACUCAUGAUGAAGCCGUCGCCACAUUUGUGGAUAGUUAUCUGGGGGAAUUGGAUAUCCCGAGGGACUUGUGCUCGGGAAAACGACUGCAACUGGUGGCCAAUAAAACGGACACCCUGUCGACUGAAGAAUCCCAGCAGUUACACCAGCUAUCCAAUGUCCUGGCCAUAUCCUGCCAUAAGCCCGAUAAAAUGCCCGCAUUUCUGGGCUCCCUGGAGAAGCAGCUGCAGGAGCUGUGUGGUGAACCGCGGGCGGAGAAUCCACGCAUCACCAACACCCGGUACCGGCAGCAACUGGAGCGCUGCAUCGAGAACAUCGACAUCUUUCUGCGAGAUUACAGACCCGAUGUUUACCCGGACAUGGCCAUUGCCGCCUCCAAGCUGCGCAACUCGGUGCGCUGCAUCGAACGCAUCACCGGACACAUCAGCUGCGAAGAUAUACUCGACGUCGUCUUUAAAGACUUUUGUAUUGGAAAGUAAUUGAUAAUGAUAGUUU